AUGGAAUUAUUCAAACGCCUCAAUAAGGAAAAGAAUCCAGGAGAAGAAAAAAUAUUAAAAUCACCCAAGUGUAUUGUUGUUACUUCGCGUAAAGAUGAUAAUGUGGUCUAUGAAGGAAAUAAUCAGAAAUCUACCGAAAAAACAGAAAAUCAAGCAGAUUUAUUUUACUUAAUUGAUGAAACAAAUGAACAGGAAGCGGCUAGAGAAUUUGCGUUGAAACUGUUGAAAAAAGUAAAAACAGAAGGUGACAAUGCAGUACUAGCUGUACUGAUAGGCCGUGGUUUGAAGUCGCUGGACUAUGCCUGCAAAACGGUAGAAACAGAAAUACCAUUAUUGGUAGUGGCGAGCGACUCAGAUGGAAGCAGUAUCCCAGCUAUUAUCAAGAAAUACCUUGAAAAUUCUGAUGAUUCCAGUUUGGAGGAAAGUUUGGAGGAAGAUGUGAGAGGAUUUCUCAAUGAACAAGGAGAUGAUGAAUCGAUAACACAGACUGUGAUAGAAAAAAUAAAAAAAAUACUUGAUUCUAACAAGGUCACAGUAAUCGGGUCGCUGGAUCAUGCCGGAAUUGUCACUGCGAUCUCUGAGCAACCUGAUAUAGUAAAUGAGGUUGAAAUUUUUUAUAAUGUAAAAGAUGGCGAGCAGAAUAAAGAUGUAGAAGAUGGCAAGCAGAGUGAGGAGGAUAUCUGUGAAAACUUUAUGAUUUUUGCAAUUUUCCUAAGCAGAAGUGACAUGGCAGAAAACUUUUGGAGAAAGACCAAACGACCACUUCUGAGUGCUUUGGUCGCUGCCUGGGUAGCUGACAUUUUGAAGAAACGGUCAGAAGGCAAAUUUGAUACGGAAUUUAGUGAGCAUUAUGCUGCAUUAAAGAAAAGUUUUGAAGAAAAGGCGGAGGGUAUUAUUGAAAAGGCACAGGAAGAGAACUUUUCUGUAGCUACAAAAUUAAUAGAGUAUAAUGCAAGACCUCACUGGCCGCGACAUCGACUGAUAGAUAUUGCUGCUCGGGCUAAACUCGAGAAGUUGCUUUAUACCGAUUUGCCUAAAAACAAGCUGGCAGAAAGUACGGAAAUUUUACUGCACGCCUCGAUCAAGAUUUCUUAUUUUGUCUAUUUGCUGCUACUCUCAGCGGUGCAUUAUGAUUUAACGACAGAAAAGUUACGAAUUUUGAAAAUACUAAUAUGGAUUUUUCAGCUUUGCUAUUUGUGUAUUAUUAUCCUUACGUGGGAUAGUAUCGCGACGUAUGUUCUCAUGACUCUGACAAUAUCAGUUGCAUACAGCGUAUCUAUCCACAUUCUCGGAUACAAGAAGUUGCAGCUGAGCCCUUACAUAUUUCGAGACGUGAUGCUUCCAGCGAUUUAUGUAAUUUUUGCUGAACCUAACGAAAAUCAAAUUGCUGAGCUUUUACUGUAUUUUGAACGUUAUAUUGAGUGUCAGAAAAUUCAAUAUUAG